AUGUCUAAAUCAGAUGCUUUCUCAGUUUCGGCAGCGAAAGCUUUUUUUGAAGCAGCUAAACGACCUGAGGUUCAAAAGGCUGCUAUGGCAGCAGCCAAGAAUCCUGUUAUACGUAAUGCAGCUAUAAAUGCGGCCAAAAACCCUGAAACACGAAACCAAAUGUUGGGAUUAAUAGGAGAUUCAAAAAAGCCAACACCACCUCCUAAACAGUCUGAAAGUAAACCUGCACCACCACCUCAUAGGCCAGCUCCCAAAGAUUAUGCAAGCAAGCCAGUUCCUCCACUACCACAAAGCUCAAGUGUAAAACCAUACUCGUCCGGUACGAGCUAUACAGCACCCAGUGCUGGAGUUUCUUCAAUAGUCUCUGAAUUACAAAGUUUACAAUUAAGAAAGCCUGGCGAUUUUUCUUCCAAUUUGUGUACACCCUCUCAGUUGAAGCCUCUUAGACCUCUAAAUGUAGAAUCUCCACGUCCAGCACCAUCGUCGGCUGCUCCGGUAGCAGUUCUUCCAGCAGGUCCUACAAGACCACCUCUUCCAAAACCUUCAGUGUCGAGUAACUCCAACUACACUUCGGGUCCGCAUGCUUAUGUAUCAUAUCAGUUUACGAGUACUCAUUUUGAUGAAUUAUCUAGCGAAAUUGGGGAUCUGAUUGUUUUGAAACGAGAAGUCGAUGAACAAUGGAUAUAUGGAUUAAAUACAAGAACCACCAAGCACGGAAUCAUUCCAUUGAACUAUUUAGAUAUCAAAGUCCCACUUACCACCUCAUCUUCAUCUCAUGCUCCUUCAUAUUCUACUCCAAGCUUUAGUGCCCCACAGAACAUGGCUAUGGCCUUGUAUGAUUACUCUUCCUAUGAUGCUCAAGAUUUGCAGUUCAGAGCAAAUGAUCAAAUUAAGUUAGUUGAAUGGGUUAAUACAGAUUGGCUACGCGGAGAAUUGCAUGGACGAUCAGGCAUUUUCCCAGCUAAUUUCGUAUCCUGUCCUACUUUACAUGCUGUUCCUUACAGUUCUUCCUAUUCAGCUCCAAGCAAUGUCCCUCUCACAACCAUGUACGCAGCUUAUGAUUAUUAUUCAGGUGUUGCCGAUGAUUUAGUUUUCAAAGCUGGUGAUACAGUUGCCAUCUUAGAAUAUGUUGGUUCUGAUUGGAUAAAGGGUUCGUGCAAUGGAUGUGUUGGCUUAGCCCCUAUGACAUAUUUAACCUCCACGCUAAAUAAGAAGAGUCCAACAGGCUUAGCCGCAAUUUCAUCGCUUGGUCAUCAGGCUAAGCAGUUGGCAACUGUAAUUGAAGAUCAUGAAACGAAUGAUCCAUCCAACCUAUAUGUAUCUAAAGGAGAUCGAAUCAUAAUUGUGGAAACUGUCGAUGAAUAUCUUUAUACAGCCAAGCUAGAGGAAUUCAAAUCGCUGCCUGCCGGGUUGAUUCCCAAGCGUAAGGUGGUACUUGAUUAA